GCACUGCGAAAAUGGCAACGAGGAAGAGAGCGGCCCGUUGCACCGAGUCGAGGCCCUCAACUCAGUGACUACAAUGCAAUCCACUGAUCCAGUCGCGCGGGAGUCGCUGCAGCCUAAAAGCGCAUCGUCUCGUCCCAUUCUACUCCUGAAAUUUCAAAGUGCGCGCUGGAUCGAAAAAAUGACGGCGUUCGAUAGUCUCGCAGCCGCAGUCGUUGCGACGAACAUCAGCUGUAGUAAAUAAUGACGAUGCACGGGACUUGAGAAAACCUAAAGAUAGAAAAUACAAAAAAAAAACAGCGUAAACAAGUGGUUUAGGCUGUGGCGUUGUUUCGUAAACUGCAGCGUCUCUAAAUUAAGAACGUGAUUAUUGAAGCAUCGCUGCGGAGCAACAAUCGACGUAAAAAGUGAAAGGAAAAAUCCUGUGUCUGCUGGUGCGCUAGUCCUGAUGUCCGAAAGCGCAAUAACAAAGGUAUGAAUCACAAACUGCCAAUGGUGACUCGAUGAGACAAUGACUCUUUCAAGAUCGAGCAAAAAUUGAAUACCAAAUAGCAACCAGAUUAGUCAACCUGUAGAUUUUGCCGGAUGCAGAUCAGUGAUACUGAAUGUCUUGUGAACACUUUUCUCUGCUUAUUAAAUAAACUGUAAACAUGCCUAACAGGAGUGAGGAAGUUGAAGAAGUUAAUGAUGACGAACAAAAGGGUGGAAUCACUGAGGCUUCUGGAUCUUCCAUGGAUACCUCACCAGCUAUGGAUAUUGGUGAGCAAGAGAAUCUUGGAAGGGUGCGCAAUUUCAUGUUAGAUGGCUGGGUUGCAGCUUCACCACCAAAAUUCGUUUCACUUGAAGAAAUCAUGAAAGCUGCAAAGGGUAUGCAAAACAUGGCUUUAGCACAUGAAAUUGCAGUAGAUAAAAAUUUCAAGAUAGACAAACUUGAGCCAGAGGAAGAUACAUUGCACAAAAAAGUCAAGGAAAUUGUGCACAAGGCAUUCUGGGAUAUUCUGUCCAACGAGCUUUCACAAGAUCCGCCCAUGUAUACUCAAGCAUUGAGAUUAUUAAAGGAAAUAAAAGAUGCUCUUGAUGAACUGUUACUUCCACACAAUGCCAGAAUAAAGGAAACUAUUAAUCAAGUACUGGAUAUUGACUUGAUUAAACAACAAGCAGAAAAUGGUGUGCUUGAUUUUCACCAUUAUGCCGAGUAUGUUAUUUCUUUGAUGGCUAAAAUCUGUGCCCCAGUCAGAGAUGAAAAAAUUGAAGAAUUAAAAAAAUGUACAGAUGUCAUUGAAACUUUUAAGGGAAUAAUGGAAGUUCUUCAACUUAUGAAAUUAGAUUUAGCUAAUUUCACAAUAAGCAUGAUUCGGCCAAACAUAAUAGCGUCAAGUAUUGAAUAUGAAAAAACUAAAUUUGCUGAAUUCUUAAAAAUACAAGCUGAUGGACUUCUAUACACAAGACGAUGGUUACUAAGGCAUUUAACUCCAGAAACAAUAAGUAAUGCAUCAACAGAUCCAAACUCUUUGAAACAAUUAACGCAUUCGCUAUUAGCUGAUGCUUACUUAGAUUUAUUGGAGUUUGACUUUUGCCCAAAUGCAGAGACUUUGAUGCUGGACCAAGGACGUUUACUUGAUUUGCGUAAUAAAACCAGUAGAUUAGCUGUUGCUGGAUCUAUUUUACUACUGUUAAAACCUCUGCAGAGCCCAUUGACUGAUCAGCAUAAAAAGGAGAUCAAGGAGCACAUAAUGGUUCUGUUGGAAUCUGUUACUUCCAAUAAGGAUCUAGAAAGUUUCAUGCCAAAUAUUCUCGUGCAAGUAAAAGCUGAUCUUCAAAAAGUAACACAAGAUUCUAAAAUUGAUGAAAGUCCAGAAUACCAAAAUUUCUUAUCAAUGAUGGAAACUCAAAUAGUAGAACUGCAUAAGUCUGAUCACAAAGUUCGCCAGCUUGUCACUUCCAGAAUAAGGCAAUUCUUGCAAAAUAUCAUUGUAUCACAGACAGUGGCUCCACAGCAAAUACCUCCGGGAUUAUCACCACUACAAAAAGAACUUACCGACUUAGCUGCUCAGUUUGCAAUUUUGUUUGCUCACAAUAGGAGCGUUUUCGGGGAAUAUUACCAAGACAUCGUUGCAACAGCUGUCAACGAAAAAAAAUCUAGCUGUAAUACAAGUGCAAUAGAGACCAGUACAUAAUUUGUAUAUGUGAUAUACUUAUGGAUAAUUUAUUACUUUAUCCUUUGUAAGGAUAGAGCGCGUUGAAAAUUAAAUCAUUUCUCUUGAUAAUUAGUUUUUGUAAUGUUCUUCAAUUUACAAGGUGCAUAAUUCAUAUUUACUGACUAAUCAUGAACAAGAAUAUUCUUGGUCUUCCUUAAAUGUUCGUUAAAUUUAUUUUAACAAUUCUAAACUAGUAAUUGUUUUAAUAUAUACAUACAAAUUACUAUAACAUUAUUCUAUAUACGCAGUAUGAAUAAUUUUUUAUGUAAAAUGCAUUUAUAAAUACUAACGUUUUAUAUUAAAAAUUUACAAAGAAACUCAAAGAUGGAUUCGAUUUUUAAAUCACUUUAUCUAUGAAAAUAAAAAAUAUAAUACAUGAUCUAUUUAAAAAAUGUACAAAAUACAUCGUUUGUUGAAUAAAAAUCAUUAUACAUACA